UUCAGAUUCCAUUGUCAACCACUAAUUACCAAUAAUCUCGUGGUUUCACCCUUGAUGCAUGAUUGAUCUGAUUAGAAUUUUUUAUUGAGGGUAUUCAUUACGAGUUCGCAUCCUUCGCAACGUUAGCAACAAAACAAAGUUCGCAAGUUCGCAAAAACUUUUGGCUUGAAAAUUUAUUUGCGAACUUGCGCAUCUCCAGGGCUAGUAUUUAGUUCGCAAAAUACUUUUUCAGAAAUUUUCGUGGUACAAUCUUUUUUGUGAUUUGAGUGCAAAAUGUCAUCGAAAGUCGCUAAAAAAAGGAAACAGGAAGAAGCAUCAAUUUUGGACGAUACAUUGGUAGAAGAGGUUGAGAACACGAAUGUAGACAACGUCAAGGAGCGCCGGAAGUGGACUCCUACCGAGAUUGAAAAGCUGUUAGGUAACCUAAUCUCAAUUGUUUCUGUUGGAAAAGAGAUAGAGAAGCCAAACGCAGUAGCAUUUUACAAACGUGGAGUAGAAAUUCUCGCGUUUGAACAUUGUAACCACAACCAAUUAAAAAAUCAAGUGAAAAAUCUUAAGAGAAAGCAUGGAGAGACGGUUCAGUGGCGCAAUCAGACAGGGCAAGGGGUCUUAGAAGAUCAAGGGGAAUCUUCUUUCAAAGAAACUUUGCUAAAACGCUGUCCCCACUUCGAAAAACUGGACGAGAUUUUUGGAAAUAAACUUAACAUUGCUCCUCCCUACCUACACGAUUCGUCGAAAAUCGGAGAUGAAGAUCAUGUUAUAAUUACUUUGAAUACACCAGACUGGACAUUGAACAGCACCAUUUUCAGUGAGGAGACUAGCGUCCCCGAAAGUAGCGAGCAUUCAGUGACUGUAGAAGAGACGCAACAAUCAAAAUUGGUAAGAAAGCGGAAGUUGGCCCCACAAACUGGAUCAUCCAUGCUGGAAAGAUGUGUCGAAAUCAGGAUCGAAUUACAAAAAGAACAAUUGGCACUAGAGAAGGAGAAAUGGCAGUACGAGAAGAUAAGAAACGAUGAGCGGUACGAUUUAGAAGUCAAAAAGAUGGAACAAGAUCGUGAAAUCGAAGAACGAAAGUUGGACUUAGAGCAACAACGCAUUAAUAAAGAUUUCGAGCUUCAAAAGUAUAAGAUAGAGCAGGAGUUUAAGUUAAAAUUAGAGUUAUCUAAAGUACAAACUAAAUAAUCAACUCUAAUUAAAACCUAUUUUCCGCGUAAUACGUGUAAAAAUUAGUUCUUGUCAAGUUUUGUACAUGUACAUCUUAGGUAAUUAAGGUGAAUUAAGGUUACAAAAACAUUUAUUGUAAUGCCAACUUUCCGGUUAUAAAAUUAAAUAAUCCAAUUCUUUUUCUGUCAUUUCCUCUCGUUGCCUCCGGCAUUUCGUGAUCUUCCUCCCCCAAAUCUUCAAGAAUUAUUGCUGGAAGUGUGGGCUUGAUAAUAUUAUACAGAAUGCAGCAUGCCAUUAUCCAGUCGCAUGCUAAUUUGUGUCCACGUUGCUUAUCCACGCGUAUCCCCAAUCCCUUUAAGCUUCCAAAAGUUUCCUUCAUUAUUCCAAAUACGCAUUCAAUGUUGACCCGAUAUUUUGAGAAAUAUUUGUUAAAUGCUCUUCUUUGGCUUGCUGUGCCGGCAGUAGCAUUAUUCCGGAAAGGUGUGAUCAUGAAGUCACUAACAGCAUAGGGAGAGUCCCCAGCAAUCCAUUGCCCAUUAGUUAGAAAACUUUCGGGUCUAAUCCCAAUUUCUGAGUUGGAAUAUACUCGUGCAUCAUGAACCGAGCCAGGAUAUCCAAUAAAUAUAUUUCUGAUAAUACGAUCAUUGUCACAAACCGCCUGCAAAUGUAUUGCGUACCGCUGCUUUCUUGUGAAAUAUGACUCUGGGUCAUCCAACGGAGCUUCAUCUAGAGGGAUAUGAGAGCCGUCGAUGUAGCCGAUACAUUUUGGUAACUUGUCGCCCAUAAAUAAUUCUAUAUUUGCUCGUUCAUUCUCAUCAGGCCAUCGAAUAUAAUCAUGCUCCAGACUAAGAAUCGCCUGCCACAUAUACCAUACCACUAUACAAUUAAACUAAGUAUUUUAAAUUAUUCGCAAUUAAUUGGUUAAUUUACUUUUAAUACUCGUUCAAUUAUGAGCAUCACUGAACCACCUCCUCCAAUCCCAAAAACUGCAGCCACGUUAUGAAUAGAGUUAGAUGACCCAUCAUUUCCGAGCUUAUAGAGUGUAAUAGCGAGUUGUUUAUCGACUGGCGUUUGUUUUUUGCUGCUGUUUGAUCGGAAGACAUGAUGAUCUUGAAUCAUUAAGAGAAUCCGUCCAAAGUUUAAUCUUGAGACUCUCAGAAAUUUUCGAAAUAGGUCGUCGUUAUAAUCUGGGAGAACGUUACGAUACCACUGGUCGGAUUUGGGGACAGGAUUUCGUGGAACAAUGUACCGAAUGGCCUCUGUGAGCAAAAUUUCAUCUACGAUAUCGUCGAAUUCCUGCCAUCCAUAUCUUGUGUUCGAAUUUGUGCUCCAAAUCAGUUCGGUUGAAGCGAUUUGGCACAAAUCAUUAAUAUAACGACGCUUCUGAGAUAUUUUAGGCAUAUCGAACUACUUACAUAAAAAUCAGAAUUGCAGAAAAAUUACUAUUCCAAAAAAAUCUAGAAUUUGUAUUUUUUGCAAAUACCAACUUUUGCGAAUUUGUUUGCGAAGUGUCUUCACUUCGUUGCUUCGCAAAAUUAGCAAUUUCGAAAAAGUUACGUUGCG